ACUCUCAUCACAAGUACUUGACAUUGAAGUAAAAUUUCGUCAUUGUUUUUAAAGGAUAGUAUCGACUGUUUUAAGAUUGUCACAAAAAGAGGUUAUUUCUGAUACAUAUGUUAAAUAAAUUUGUUUGUUUAAACACACUGUUCUGGGUAUUUUAAGGAUAUUAUUUGGUUUUAAAUUACGUUAAAUUAUUUUAACCAGCCAGGCCCUUCAGUCCGACCGUCAGUCAGUAGCUGUUGCUGUCGACCGUUGCCGUACAAGUAGUAGUAGUAGUAGUAUUAACUGUAUUCAUUUAAAUUUAAUUAUUAAUAGUUUAAUUAUAAUAAUAAUAAUUAAGACAGAGUAGUUAGUAGUAGUAGAGACUCGUUCAAGUCCUAGUCCAAGUAGUCUGUGGUCAGUUCAGUAAGUCACACACUCAUACAGAUGUUCACUCGGUAAAAAAAAAAAAAACAACAACUUUCCAGCACAAAAUGCUCAAUUGUUAUGCCAUUAAUUUGAAAGAAAAAAUGCCAAAAUGUCCAAAAAAUAAAUGUAAAAAUCUUUGAUUAUUAUUAUCAUAAAUCAACCAACCUCUUACUCUUACUUUACCAUAAGAAGAGAGGGUUUGGACUCUGAUAAAGCUUUUAAAGUAGAUUAAUGACUCAAUUAAUGAGCAUUAAAAAUGACAUUACUUUUAUUAUUAUUAAUCUUAAGUAGGUGUUGCCUACCUUUAUGGUUUUGAAAAUUUAAUAUGUGUUAAGAUUUUGGCUCGUAGAAUAAACAAUAAGUAACAUUAACAAAGGACUGAAAAAAAGAAAAUGAUACCAAAGCUAGUGAUACUAAUAUAUUUAAUUUAACUAACCAAAUACAAAUUUGAGUUCAGAAGCAAAAAUAUUGUAUCAACUUACAAUAACUUACAGCAAGUGAUAAAGGUACACUCCUCAAAAAUACAUAUAUUAAUUUACACACACACAAUUAUGUCUGGUAUAACAAAAAUCUUUCCCUCACUCUCCCUAUCUUUCGCUGCUAAGAAAUCACACAGCCUAUAUAUGGGAACCAACUCAGAAUGCUCUCAUACAGAAAUUCUAGAAUUUGUGUCACCUAUUAGCAUUCUGUAGAAUAAAUAGAAUGCAUUCAAAUGUAAACAACCUUUUUCCAGCCCAGAAAGGGAUGAGCAAGGAAUGUGUGACACAGCUCAUUUACUCAGUGAUGUCAUUAUCAAGGUCAUACUAACAGACAAGUGAUGAUGGCUAAAAAUAGCUCUACCUUAAAGUGAAAAAUAGUUCAAGUCAUAGGCUUUAUUAUAACAAUAUGCCUACUGCUUAUUUUUUUUUUUACAAUUAAAAAAUUCUUAUACCGUAUUCUAUUUACAGGUAAAAUAAAGACAACACAAUGCCUGCUGAAAACCCACAAAUAACUGGUGCACAACAAAACACUGAAGAAAAACCAAAGUGUAAAGCAUGUUGUGCCUGUCCAGAAACAAAAAAAGCAAGAGAUGAAUGGUAGGUAGUAUUUAUCUGAGAGUCUAAAUAAAUGACAAACAAAUUUGUCAAAUAAAGGAUUCUCUCAAACUCUGGCUAUUACAAGAACUAAGAUAUAUACCUUUCUUUCCAAGGAGUUACUUUAGCAUUCAAACCAGAUAAACUAGUAUGUAAUGGUGUUAAAAAUUUAUUUUAGCACCUAAUUCUGAUUUUUUAAAGCUACAUAAAAAAAGAUCUACUUCAUUUUAUGAUUUUUUUUUUACUUUUUGAUAUUUUUUUUGUUAAGAAAUGAUUUCAAUAACUAUAAAAGUUAAUCAUCAAUAAUUUAAAAAAAAAAUAAUUUCAGCGUCAUUGAAAGGGGAGAGGAAAAUUGUGGGGAUUUAAUAGAGAAACACAAACAGUGUAUGAGAGACUUAGGAUUCAAGAUAUAAAAGGUAAAAAUGUAAUUUCAAUUGUCUGCUUAUCACAUAUAUUUCCUUGUCAAGAUUCUAACAUUUAAUAAAUGAAGGACUACGUUCAAGUUAUGUGAAUGACAAAUGUCUAUAUAUUUCAAGCUCCCACAUACCUUGUUCCAAUAAUUCCUUCUAAAAUUUAACAAGAUUCAUGUGACAAAACUAUGUCUGUAAUCUUAGUUGCAAAUGCACAGAAUUGAAAAUUAGUGCCUUAGUGGAUAUAUGAUCUUCUUGUCUCUAAUUGUACAAAGCUAGAUUGUGGCUAGGUGGCAACCUUGAUUGCAUGCUCCCUGGAGUUGACAAUCAAUAUAGUUGCUACAAGAAAACUUAUUUGCUUUUUCUUGGAAGUUCAUAUGAAGGUCAAGUGACCUCUUGUUACCUUUUCUAUGCUGGAAAAGUAGAGAGUGGAUAUAAAAAUAAACAUGAAAUACUGGUAUCCUACCUUUAUUUAAAAUGGUAAUAAUUUAAUAGUUAUUAAUUUUAUGAUGUAUGUAGUUAACCACAACAAUUAACAUUUGUAUUUAAUUGAAUAUGAAAUUUUUUCAUUAUUUCUAUUGUCUUUCUCAGGAAUUUCAAGUAUUAUAUUGAACUUUUGUAUGUUUACAGGCCAUUUGGUUAUCUGAUAAAGCCUCUGAUGUACUAUAUGAACAAGACAUGCUAAAGUAAAAUGCAAUGAUUACUUGAAUGGGUGUGACUUUUUUGGCAGAUGAAUCAGAUGAAUGUGAAUGAAAAAAUAUUACAGAGAACUUUUGUUAAAACUAAAUGAUAUAUAAUUUUUAAUGACAUUUGGUUUUGUAUGAAUGUGUUUCAUUGACUGUAAUGUGAUAUGCAAUUAUUGUUGUGCCUAUUCUUCACCCAAAACCCACUUUUUGUUCACACUUUUCAUAUAAGGUUUAAAGAGAAAGUAAGUAACAAGUCUUUUGCACACAUAAAAAAUAAAUUACUUUAAAUUAUUUGUUUAUUAUUAAAUAGAAAUGAUUUUUUUAAAACAUUGUAUGAGGACAAAUAACUUAUUAUUAGAUUAGGUCAGUCUUAUUUGUUCACUUAUUCAGAUAUUUUCCAAAUAUUAUUGGAAGAAUAUGAUUUACUUUUUAAAUAUAAGGCAAAUAAUUUGGCUAUCAAUGAGUAUCAAUUUAUUGUUCAUUUAAAGUAUUAUUUUAAUUAUGUGAAUUGAACUUUUCCAACAUUUGUAUUGCUUUGACAUUACAAAUCUUUGGAUGAAAAGAUUACUACAAGAAUUGCAUGGAUGAUUUGUUCUUUAUUAAAUAUGAAUUUUUACUGAAAUAAACAUGAAUUAAAGUAUUAUAUUAUUUCACUUUUUUUCCAAGCCCCUCCACUUCCCUUUUGCUUUGUCAUACAUAUUUGUUUACAAAAUCAGAGUAAAGAUGAGUUAGUAAAAGCAGGGACAUCUAUAUAUUACAUUGGGGCAGUAGACUUUAAUAUCUCCCCUAUCUCUCAUACCCCAACUGUGGGAUCAUAUUUUAGGAAAUGCCACAACUAUGUACUAGUGAGGUUAACCCCAUAUGGCAUUUCCCAUCUGCUCAAGGCUUGUUAAUGUUAGUAUAUAGUUUCAGUCAUAAUAGAUUUCUUAGAAUGUUUGUAUUUUCUGAACAUUUGUGUAAAAAUGUAAUAUCU